AAGCCAUGGGAGAUUUUCGUAAAUACUUGCGCAGUAGCAACAGCGCUUUACCUCACCAGCAACACUACCGCCACCCUCAGUGACAACAUUAUCAACAACAACAACCGCCACCGCCACCACCAGAACAACUACAUCACUAUUACUACUACUACUACCACCACCACCACUAAUGAUAAUAACAACAGCCCAUACUACAGGAUCAGUGUUAGCAGCAGCUAACUCAGGUAGGACGGGUUUACGUAUGGAGGCCAUGAUGGAGAGAGGCCACCACCAAAUCAGAAAGGAUUCGGCCAGUUCGGUCACUACGAGUAUUUCGGCCACACGACGGCGCCGGGCUCGCCGGACGUUCAGUUCACCACACGAUAAGGAUGAAGAAGAAUACAUUGGAUUUGCUACCCUACCUGAACAGGUCCACAGGAAAGCAGUUAAACGCGGAUUUGAUUUUACCCUCAUGGUCCUAGGAGAAUCAGGUUUGGGAAAAUCCACCUUGAUAAACAGUUUGUUCCUCACAGAACUUUACAAAGACAGACAGUUGAACAAUGUUGAAGACCGAAUACAUAAGACAACACAAAUUGAAAAGAAGCAGUUGGAAAUCGAAGAGAGGGGAGUUCGCCUGCGACUCACGAUCGUUGACACUCCGGGUUUUAAUGACUCUGUCAACGGAGAGGAGAGUAACAAACCAAUCAUUAAUUAUAUUGAUUCUCAGUUCGAUCAAUAUUUUAAAGAUGAGAGCGGUCUAAACCGUAAAAAUAUUCAAGACAAUCGGGUCCACUGCUGUCUCUAUUUUGUUUCUCCGUUUGGUCAUGGGUUAAAACCAGUUGACGUUGAUAUGAUGAAGAAAAUCCAUCAAAAGGUGAACAUAGUCCCACUGCUAGCCAAAUCUGAUAUGCUGACCCCUUCAGAAGUGAAGAAAAAAAAGGCCAAGAUCCUGCAAGAAAUUGAGCAACAUGACAUCCAGAUCUAUGAAUUUCCAGAAUGUGACAGCGAUGAAGAUGAAGAAUUCAAAAAACAAGACCAAGAACUGAAAUUAGCGGUACCUUUUGCCAUUGUUGGCGCCAAUACUGUGGUUGAGGUAAAUGGUAAGAGACUUCGUGGAAGAGUCUACCCAUGGGGAAUUGUUGAAGUUGACAACCCCAACCACUGCGACUUCAUUCGUCUCCGACAAAUGUUGAUUAGUACCCACAUGCAAGACCUGAAGGACGUUACUGCUGAUGUUCACUAUGAAAACUACAGAGCCACAUACUUAGCUGACCAAAUGAAGACCGGCAAGGAACGCAAAUUUACUAGAUCCCCGAACCAUCGGCCUUCCGUGAGGAGCAGCAAACUGAAGCGGGACUCUACACCCAACUUCGAAGCCGUCAUGGACACAGAGAAACUUCUACAGCAAAAGGAGGCUGAGAUACAACGGAUGCAAGCUAUGUUAACAAAGAUGCAGGCUCAACUAGAGACGAAAAACAACAGCAACAACAACCAUAUCGAAAGCAGCGCGUGAGAUGUGGUGGUGUUAAUGGCGGACCAAAGAGGAGAGCAGCAUACGCAUGCACACACACACACACACAUGCACAUACAUGCAGAUGCACUCACAUACAGAUAAAUGCAUAAACAUAUACGCACUUAAUAUGCUUUAUGCAUAACUGUGUGCACCGGCGUAUCGAACUUUAGUCAUCUGCGACACAAGAGCAGACAACUGAGGAAAGAAACAUCUCUCUCUAAGUAUAUAUGUUGCAUCAGUGUGUGUAUAUGUGUGUGUGUGUGUGUGUGCGUGUGCAUGCAUGUCUGUGUAUCUACGUGCGUGUCUGCAUGUUUGCCUGCAUGCAUGAGAGCAAGUCCGAACUGAAUAUCAAAACUUAACAAUAAAAACAUGGAAAGGGAUAUA